AUGUUGAUACCAGUGGUAUUGUCAAUAAUAAGUUUUAUAAUAUCAUUACUUGGAUUAAUAUUAUUGGGUAUCGGAUAUGGUUUAAAUUAUUCAACAAUAAUGCUUCUAAGUUUUGGUUCGAUUGGUUUAAUCAUUUCAAUAAUUUUUUGGAUAGUACGGCCUAAAUCAUUAAUGACAUGGCCAAAAUGUUUGAAACGUUUAUUUGGUCGACGACAAAAACACUUUAGCAAAUACAAAAAGGCGGAAAUAUUAGAUCGUGAUAAAGCUGAAAUGAUUAUGAAAAAUAUUCUUGGUAUUCCAUAUCUUAUUCAGGCUAUUCAAUAUAGUAUGGAAGCAACAUAUUAUAGAGCAAUGAUGGCGGAAAAAAAUAAUUGUAGCAUACCAUCAACUUCUGUGAUACAUUCUGCUCCCAAAUGUACCAGUGUUAUUGAUUCCGAUAACGAAGACUGCUGUUCCGAUUUAUGUGAAGUAACUCAAACGGCGAUUACAAAAGAGCAAUUAGCAGCAACUCGUACAACUGAAACAUUCGAAGAAUGGAUCCCAACCGGAUUAUCAUCCUGGAAUAAUACCCAAUUAAGGCUUUCGAUAAGAAGCAGUCCUGAAAUUGGAAUCAAUGUAUUUCCAUACAGUGAAAUAAUGCCACGAACAAGUGAUGGUGUAGUCUUGGAGUUUGUUGAAACACUUAAAGAAAUUACACCGGAAAAUGAGGAAAAAAGGAUUUUCCUAAAGAGGUCUAAUUUGAAACGAAAUUUUCAUUUACGUUGUAUCGCAAUGAGCAGUGGUUUUUUGAAUAAAUUUAAUGAAACUUUUCGAUCGUUUCCACAUUGA